GUGGCCUAGACGGAAGUGCGGGCGGAGGUGCCGGAGAUCCCCAGCCUGAGCCGGGAGCAGGUCUCGGGGCUCCAGGCUGUGGGGACAGCUCGGCCUGUCCGCGAUGGCGGCCCUGUGGGGAGGCCUCUUUCGCCUUGGCUCCAUGCUCAGCCUGUCGUGCCUGGCGCUCUCGGUUCUGCUCCUCGUGCAGCUGUCAGACGCCGCCAAGAAUUUCGAAGAUGUCCGGUGUAAAUGUAUUUGUCCUCCUUAUAAAGAUAACUCUGGGCAUAUUUAUAAUAAGAACAUAUCCCAGAAAGAUUGUGAUUGCCUUCAUGUUGUGGACCCCAUGCCUGUGCUGGGGCCUGACGUAGAAGCAUACUGUCUUCGCUGUGAAUGCAAAUAUGAGGAAAGAAGCUCUGUUACCAUCAAGGUUACCAUUAUAAUUUAUCUCUCCAUUUUGGGCCUGCUACUUCUGUACAUGGUGUAUCUUACUUUGGUUGAGCCCAUCCUGAAGAGACGCCUCUUUGGACACUCACAGUUGAUACAGAGUGAUGACGACGUUGGGGAUCACCAGCCUUUUGCAAAUGCCCACGAUGUGCUAGCCCGCUCCCGCAGUCGGGCCAACGUGCUGAACAAGGUAGAAUAUGCCCAGCAGCGCUGGAAGCUUCAAGUUCAAGAGCAGCGAAAAUCUGUCUUUGACCGCCAUGUUGUCCUCAGCUAAUUGGAAUUCAAAUUCAAGGCGAUUAGAAAGAAACAAGACAAAGGAAGAAUUGGCUGAGUGUUGCUGGGUUUUAACCUCCAUGUUGAUUUCACCAAACUCUUGCUGGAAGAUUCAAAACUGGAAGCAAAAAUGUGCUUUUUUUUUUUCUUAAUGUAUUAAUAGAGGCAUUUUUGAAAG